AGAAGUCCUACCAGGAGGUGGGCGGUGCCUGCGCCAAUGACGGAAGAGGGCGUGGCUAGUGCCGGAAGUUGCAGAGGGGAAACAACAUGGCGCUGAGCGCGGCAGGUCACGACGACGCCGAAUGGGAGCCGCCUUCCGAGGCCGAGCUGAAGGUGAUCCAGGCCCGGCGCGAGCGGCAGGACAAGAUCAGCAAGCUGAUGAGCGAGUACCUGCUGAAGGGCUACCGGAUGCUGGGCGAGUGCUGCGACGAGUGCGGGACCAUUUUGCUGCAAGAUAAGCAGAAGAAGUUGUACUGCGUCACCUGCCAAGAGCUUAAUUCCGAUGUGGACAAGGACAAUCCAGCGCUCAAUGCACAAGCAGCCCUUUCCCAGGUGCGGGAGCGUCAGCUUGCCGCCAACACCGAUGAAAUGGCGUCCCGGCCGGAGCAUUGCGAAGGGGCAGCUCUGGGUCUCCGGUCAAGCGCCCCUGAUCCAGCCCUCCCAGCGUCUGCCGCCGCACCUAAUGCUCCGUUGGCACGCAACACCUUGGCUGCGGCAGAAGAGACCAUUCUACAGAAGAUCGGCUGGGCAAGUCAUCAUCUCCAGGAAACUACUUCUGUUGAAAGGAGCAUCCAGCUUUGUUCACUCAUCCGUUGCUGCACGGAUGCUCUCAAGGGCAUCAGGGAGCUGCCGCAGUGAGGAUACCCCAGUUUGUAAUGGCAAUGCCGGGCCUGGAAUGGAGUGUAGGCCAUGCCUGGGGUGCCAAAAGUUUCCCCCACUAUUCAUUGUAGGGGUUGGGUGAUUUAAAUAAGACUGGGCUCUUCCUUCUGAUUAAAAUGUGAGCUUUUUUUUUUUUUUGCCUCAUACAAGUUGUCCUGACGUUUGAGGAAUGUUUCAGAGAAUUUGCACGCAUAGAUCGAUCUAAUCCGGGAGAAGGAAAGGAUAGAUCAAAGAGUUAACCUGGUUUGGGGUAAGGGUUAUGUGGGAGCUAGCAACCAUUUUAAGCACCAAAUUUGGGGCGCCUGCAGACUCUUCUGCCUAGAUCCGCUCACCAUCCCGCUUGUCAUCCAAAAGAUUUUAGGUUAUCGGGAGCCCCCAUGUGAUGGUGGUGAGUUUUUUUUGUGUGUGUGAAGCAUUAAACGUUUCAAAUUUCAAGGCACAAGAUAA